UACAACGGUAGCGCCUGUUGCGCUAUACAUUGAUGGUCGUGGCAAGACUGAUCAUUUCUUAAAAUCAAGCUGAACGUCUCCACAAGGCUGCUGAAGGCCCACAAAGAUACUUGCAUAUUAUAGGCUGAUUCUUGGAAGAGGCGGAGAAGGAAAACGUGCCAGGUGGUUGGGUAAUAUUGGGAUGCCCAGUUCAGGUCUCGAACAGCACACCAUACCUCAAUACUCGAGGUACAUACGCUCAAACACACACACUCAUCCACGCACCUAUUACACAGACAGAGUAUGUCCCUGUUGAGAAGAGUGGUACUGUUGUCAGUGAUAGCGAUGAGGGGAACGAAGAAAAAAAACCAAGACAUCAGGCCGAUCAACAAAUUACGACCAGUGAAUCUUGUGAUGACUUCAGAGCACCCAUCGCUCUCAAGAGCUGUCGUCACAGUGCAGUUUUAACAAAAAGGAAAAGGGUUAGAGGUUCAAGAUUCAUCCCGUUACAUAUAUCCGCUGGAGUCAAUAAUCAGAGAGUGUAAUUGAGCCCACCUGAAUAGCAAACAAAAGCAUUCUUAUACGAAGCAAAAAGUACCCAAAAACCUCAUAAGAAUAGUGGUGUAACAACAACAUCUAAUGUACCAUCACCUAGUGGGGUAGAAGGAGUAAUCAUGACGAUUGUGUGCGUAAAUAACGGCAUUUACCCCUAUGGUACCUUGGAUGGCCAGUGAAAUUUUGAUACGUGCGCGAGACGGAAAGCCCAAGGGAUUUGACCCUUGCAAAAAGUAAACAGAACAAAGAGUGGUUCGGUGCAAACCAUCCUCCUCAAACUUGAUGCUCAUCUUUGAUCGUAUUUCCUCCCGAUUCAAGACUGAUGAAUGUAUCAUGACAAUUCAACCAUCUUAGUCCAGAGCCAUGAAACCUCUUGCCAAACCCUCCUCAGUCACACAUUCCUUUCCGUGAUUGUCAACCCAUUUCAAGGCGUGUGAUUUUCGUGGAUUUCUCAAGAUGACGAAAGCCUUCAAACUGAACUGGAGGAUUCCAGUGCCAAAAGAGCUCCAAGAUGGCGAGAUGGUUGACCGAUGGACGGAGGACGGAGAUGUCGAGACUUGCUUGGUCCAGGUUGACGAAUGUGGGUUUUUUAUUCACUGGAAAUCUGAGAACAGAGAGGGUGACGUCUUGGAAUUAUCGCAAGUCAAUGACAUUCGUCAAGGAAAGCAACCAACGGAUCCUCGAGUUAUGGCUGGGCUUCGCUCCAAAUCCGAGGUUCUUGAGCGCUCGGUUACCGUGUGCAGUGGCCUAGACAUGGUCAACAUCACCCUUUGUCAUUUUGUCUUUCAAUCCAAAGAUCACGCGCGGAUUUGGCGCUCGAACCUCCGAAGGCUGACUAACAAUGUGAAAAUGAACAACGUCUGUCCCAAAACAAAUCUGGAAAAGCAUUGGAAGCGCCUUCGGAUGACAACGACAGUGGAUGGGAACGUGUCUGUACGAGCAGUGGCUAAAACUUUCGCAUCUGGAAAAACCGAAAGAUUGGUGUACCAAGUUCUUCAGGAGUGCCAGCUUCCAUGCGGGAAGAACGAUUCCAUUCCCAUGAAAGACUUCACCUUUGAGAAAUUCUACCAAAUUUACAAGAUUCUUUGCCCACGCACAGAUAUCGACAACCUCUUCGAGGAGCUCGUGGGUGACAAAGAAAAGGAAGAGCUCUCCGUAGAGAAACUAAUGGAGUUUCUCAACGAACGUCAACGAGAUCCCAGGCUCAACGAGAUCCUUUACCCUCACUAUAAUGCCCAAAGAGCCAAAGAAAUCAUUAUCACCCACGAGCCCGAGAAGGAACUGGUACAACGAGAUGUCAUAAGCAAAGAGGGCCUUACCAAUUAUUUAAUGUCUGACGAAAACGCACCGGUCUUUCUGGACAGGCUAGACAUAUACCAAGAUAUGGAUCAACCUCUCCCUCACUAUUACAUCAAUUCUAGUCAUAAUACUUAUUUAACCAGUCGGCAAUUUGGCGGGAAAUCCAGUGUGGAAAUGUACAGACAGGUUCUUUUGGCUGGAUGUCGGUGCGUGGAACUCGAUUGUUGGGAUGGAAAUAACCCCGAUAACGAACCAAUUAUCACUCACGGGCGGGCAAUGUGCACAGAAAUUCCAUUCAAGGACGUGAUACUCGCAAUUCGUGAUUGUGCAUUUGUCACGUCAGACUAUCCCUUGAUUCUCUCCUUCGAGAACCACUGUUGUCGUCAACAACAAUAUAAAAUGGCCAAAUACUGUGAUGAAAUCUUCGGAGACCUCCUUCUGAAAGAGCCCUUGCCAGAUUUUCCCGCUGAGCCUGGAAUGCCAUUGCCCUCCCCCAAUCAUCUGAAACGCAAGAUCCUCAUCAAAAACAAGCGACUUCGGCCUGAGGUGGAAAAGAUGGAGCUGGACCAAUUCCUUCGCGGCGAACUUAAGGUUGAAGAGUCCAACGAGGAGAAAGAAGAUGCCCAUGCGACAUCAGCUGUGACGUGUCGACCUCUGGAGGCGGGUAAUUCUGUGGCGGGCUCCACCUCGACGACUGGCUCGGGACAGCCCACUCCAGGGGGCAAGGGUAUGGUGCUAGCCACAACAUCCGCCGGGGGCUCUGCGUCCGUCACCAAAGCUGUGUCAGAGAUUUUGCCCACCGUGACGGCCACCACGUACCAAGGAUCGACUCUCAACGUUCAUCCUUUGCUAUCGUCUAUGGUGGUGUACACGCAACCCAUGAAAUUUCAAGGGUUCGAAUACAGCGACAGGGAAAACAUGGCAGCUAAAAUGUCGUCAUUUCCGUCGGAUUUAUCCAAGGGGAUCUCGGGUGGAUUCAUCCAAUUUCAUGCCCCAGAUCUUCUGGAAUUCCGGAUGUCAAUUGGUAUCGCUGAACUUCCAAACUCCGGAUCUUCCAAUGCAACUCAACCAGGGCAAGUUUGAAUACAAUGGCAACUGUGGCUACCUCCUCAAACCGGACUUCAUGCGGCGCGAUGACAAAGAGUUUGAUCCCUUCUCUGAGACGCCCGUAGACGGUGUUAUUGCGGCACAAUGCACAGUUACGGUCAUUUCUGGACAGUUCUUGUCUGACAAGAAAGUAGGCACAUAUGUGGAAGUGGAUAUGUACGGAUUACCCACAGACACGAUUCGAAAAGAAUACAAGACCAAGAUUGUCCAGGCGAAUGGUCUCAAUCCCAUUUACGAGGCAGAGAAGUUCACCUUCCGGAAGGUCGUUUUGCCUGAAUUGGCGGUGCUUCGUUUCGGAGUUUAUGACGAUAACGGAAAGAUGCUUGGCCAGAGGAUCCUGCCGUUCGAGGAUCUACAAGCCGGUUAUCGGCACAUCGCCCUCCGAACAGAGGGAAAUUUUCCUAUGUCUCUUCCCAUGCUUUUCUGCAAUAUCGAGUUGAAGGUUUACAUUCCCGAAGGUUUAAACGAAUUCAUGGACGCCUUGUCAGAUCCUCGGAUAUUCUUGUCCAACCAGGAGAAGCGAGUUGCGCAGUUGAAGCAUUACGGGAUCGAGGAGUCGGAUAUUUCAACCGACGGUGCAAUUAUCGAUGGGAACAAGAUCUCACUCCCCGGGAUUCCAGUACCCACGAAAAAGAAACCCGAAGAGCUGGACGAGCAAAAAUUCGAUGCCAUCACCCCCGAUAGCCUCAAGCUGGAAAAGGCCUUUCGACGGGUGUUGAAGAAGAAUCAAAAAGACUUGGAAACCCUCCGCAAGGCCCAUGCCAAGGAACGGGCGGCCGUGCAAAAAACCCAAUGUUCCGCCAUUGAGAAACUUGUCAAGUCCAAGGGAAAGGACAAUGAUGUUGUCAAUGAUCCCACAGUGAAAAAUGUGGUGGUGGACCAAACCAAACAAUGGUCAGAAAUGAUGGAAAAACAUCGAAAAGAAGAGUGGAAGCUCUUAAACGAUCAUUUAAAAAUGCAAGAAGAAGUCCUUACCAACCUCAUGACACAAGCUCAAGCGAAACAGCUGAAAGAAAUGGAGGAACAUUUCGAAAGAGAGAACAAAGGGAUUCAUUCGGCACAAGCGCGGAAAUCGGUCGAGAUUUCACGUGACAUUCAAACGGACAAGACCUUGAAGUCCAAAGCGGAGAAACAGAGGAUUAUACGAGAAAAGAACUCGGCUAAUACCAAGCUUUUCUUGGAGGAACGAAAAGCUUCCGCUUAUAAACAAGCCAAGAGGAAAGAAAAGCUCAAGCAAGUCCAUAUUGACCAACAGAAUGAACUCCAAAAAUACCUACAGAUGAGCAAAGAGAUGUACAGGAACGAAGAAAUCGAGUACCAAUUGGCAGCCAAGCAAGAGAGUUACGUCUAAAUAUGAUUGCUUUCUUGGUUACACAAACUCGCUGACUUAUUAUCAUUAUCCAGCAUCAUGACUUAAAACAUGCAUUUAAAUCAUUAUCAAAUAUCCAGGCAGCAAUCUCGUGAAUGCGUGGGUGCCUCGAUAUCAAAGCUCUCAAACUUAAACAUCGUCAUCACCACCACCACCACCACUUCCAUCACCAUUAUCAUCAUUAUCCUCAUCAUCUUCAUCCUCGUGCUCGUGCUCGUCGUCAUCAUCGUCAUCGUCGUCGUCGUCCUCCUCCUCCUCAUAAUCAUGAUCACGACUAUCCUCUUGGUCAUCAUCAUGAUUCAUCACAUUGUCCCUUUGUCCCUUCAGAUCCACUAGGAUUUCUUUCAUAACGCUAGCUGAAGAAACCUCUCCCAUGUUCCUGCCAUUUUAGAUUUCAAAAGAUCCGUUUCUCUUGCUUCUCGAUCCUCUGUUCCCUCUGCGUACGCAGUGUAUUACUGUACAUACUCCUACGUACGUAUAUACAGAACCUCCUUCUUUUUGCAACGGACAGAUCCACCCACCUUCCCGCAAAUUAAUGUUUCCACGUUGGCCUAAAUACCUUUGUUGGGAUCCACACAACACAAAAUGGUUCAUUGUACGAUUGGGGCUUAGAGGGUCGGUGUUUGAAAGCAAGCAAUCAGACGUAAGAGUCACGGACAAAAGCCAAUUUAUACAAUCGAUGUUUGAAUACUUGAUGCUCUUCGAUGAUAGACGUAGUUGAUACCUCACUGAUCUAGAUUUUGAAUUAGAGUACUACAUUUCUUUAGAUGUCGAAUGCCGAUGCUCUCGAUCAAUUUGCUUGGUAAAGAGUAGGCAAAGCAUUGACUGGCCUUUUCUUCGACCGUUCAAAAUUGCUGUUUUCUAUAUUAUUAAGUACAUAACCGAUUAUUUUCUCGCAUCACUUUUCUUUCUCCUCCUCCUCUUCUUCCUGUCUCCUCCCCUCCUCCACGUCCUCAAUCAUCUUGUACGUCUCUUCGUUAACUAUUUGUGUGUCAAUGUCUAGUCAAUCCCUGGGUACUGUACAUUGGAUUCAGCAAAUAUGAAACAAAAAUCCAAGCCUCGAAAGCCGAAUCAACAGAAAACAACAACACCAAGAAGAAGAAGAAAUAAGAAGUAUAAUUAGUUUGACGAUCGAAACAUUCUAUUGGAUUGGAAAGUAUUUUAAAAAUAUACAUUUACAAACCAA